CAACUCACGACAGACGAAGCAGGACAUCAUGAAGUCUCUGGUAAUUUUGGCAGUGCUGGGAGUGUGCUCCGCCUCCACCUGGCAGGCCUCCUACGGCGGCUACGGCGUGUACGGCGCCCCUUACCAGCGGAAGUGGACCGGACCCGUGGCGGCCACCGUCCCGGCGGGCGUCGACGGUACCAUCACACCGGUGUCUGAUACGUACGAGGUGACCGCUGCACGCAAUGCCUUCUUCAAGGCAUACAACGCCCAGCUGGCUGCCGUGGGCGCGUACCGUUACGGUGCUCCCGCCUACCACCACGCCACGCCGGCGGUGCACGUCAGCGUAGCAGCGCCCGCCGCCCACCACUCCGCCCUCAGCUACGGCGCCGCACCUGCUCCAGUCGGUGACACGCCCGCCGUGGCCGCCGCCAAGGCUGAUUUCUUCCGCCUGUACAACCUGCAGGCGGCAGCAGCAGCCGCGGCUCCAGAUCAUGAUGCCCCUCGCUACUAUUACUAAUAUGUAUCGCAUGUUUACAGGAACUUUGUAACAUAUCAAUGAACCGAAAAUUGAGUGUGCACUCAAAAUGAUCGGAUGUCCUCUCUUAUAUCUUUUAAGUAUGCUUUGCGAAUGAGCGAUGCAAUUGCAGCGACCUCACUGACCAAACUAAAAAUGAUACGCAGACAGAUAUGGACGUUCCCUCGUUCUUCUCCCUCCCC